UGAUUUCCCUUGGAUGUUAGAACCUACUCAAAAAAGCCCAGUCCCCCCAAACACUUUCGCCCAGCGUUUUGAAACUUCUCCAAAGUUGCAUUUUAGGAGCCAAUCUCUCUGCCCCCCUUUCACAAACACGAAGAUCCUCGUCGCUCACACCUGUAAUCAAUGGAUUCAGAUGAGGGGGCCAGAGCAGUGGAGAGUUCUUCUGGAGCGGAUUUGGUUGUAUGUGAAAGAGAUAUGGUUGUAGAACCGUAUGAGGGUAUGGAAUUUGAAUCUGAAGAUGCUGCCAAGAUAUUCUAUGAUGAGUAUGCACGACAGGUAGGGUUUGUCAUGCGUGUGAUGUCUUGCCGUCGCUCUGAAAGAGAUGGGAAGAUUCUUGCCCGCCGGCUUGGAUGUAAUAAGGAGGGGCACUGCGUUAGCAUUCGUGGUAAGUUUGGGCCAGUUAGGAAGCCACGGGCAAGCACUAGGGAAGGUUGUAAGGCAAUGAUUCAUGUAAAGUAUGAUAAGUCUGGAAAAUGGGUGAUAACUAAAUUUGUAAAGGAUCAUAAUCAUCCACUUGUGGUGUCCCCACGUGAAGCCCGUCAAACAAUGGAUGAAAAGGAUAAAAAAAUCCAGGAAUUAACUACAGAACUGCGGAAUAAGAAACGGCUAUGUGCAACGUAUCAAGAACAGCUAAAUGCAUUUAUGAAAAUGGUUGAAGAGCAUAGUGAGCAGCUAUCCAAGAAAGUUCAAAAUGUAGUUGACAAUCUUAAAGAAUUUGAGCCAAUAGAGAAGGAGCUUCUGUCCCAUAGAUAGAGCCUUGGCACAUAGACAAUAGGAAGAAACAAUGACAGAAAAGCGAGAUGAGUUUUUGCGUCUUGUAAACUGCAAGUGAUGAUGGAGCUGCCCUGAUUUCGUAUCUUUGUUUAUAAGGGUGUACAUUGUAAUAUUAUUGUCUUUUUUUCUUUUUUUUUGGUGGGUGUAGCAAAUAGGAAGAAGAAUGGCUGGGUUUGAGGGCAUAUUUAAAGGGUAGAAGAUGAAUUCCUCAACCUUUUUAAGUGAUUCAUAUCUGCGAUCAUAUAGGGCGGCAUAGGUAUUUUAAAAAUUUAGAUAGAAUACCUGUUACUCUCUUUCUUUUCUUUCUUUUGCUGAUUAUAUCAUAGUCCAACUUGUUGAAGAUGUGAGUUCAGGUUGUAAUUGAUCAAUAUAUGACUUCGAUUUAUAGAAUCUAAACCAAUUGUAACAUGUUUACUGUUGAUAAGAUAUUGGAAUUCAGUGCUUUUUCUA